GGCUGCGACAUCCGUGUGGACUGCAAGACCAAGGAGCAGCAGUUCGCCUAUGCCAAGGCCUACUACAGGAAGUACAACAGGGAGAGCGAUGGCAAGGACCCCAAGUACAGCGCCUCCUCCACCGGUGGCGGCAUCUACCGCAAGUACAAGAUUGACCAGUAUAUCAACAAGCUGAGCGACGCGGAGAUGCCCUCAGAUGGCACCUACAAGAUCCGCCCGGAUGCCGUGGCCUUCCAGCCAAUCUGGGAGAAGUACAACAAGGAUCUCGUGGAGCGAGUCGAGAAGGUUUACGGGCUC